AUGGCCGACCCAACGGCUAAACCAAGCGAUGCCCAGUCGUUGCCCGACAACGCCGCUGGGCAACCCAUGCCACGCAGAACAUCCCCCGACAAGUCCGUCACCUUGCAGCAUCAUCGCCUCGUCCGCGAUGCGAGUCUACGAAACGCCGCCAGCAUGAGAUCAGCUCAAUCAAGCCAAAUACCUACAAUAUCGAUCCACAAAGAUGUCGACACGUCGCCAACAAGAGGUUCAUCUGGGGAAAGCCAAGAUACAACCCAAAGCGAUGCCAUGAGGUGGUUUGAUCGUUCUAACGAGAACCCGACCGCUGCAUACACCCAAGGCAUGGAUGUUGACCCUCCUUUUUAUCAAAAAGAGAGCGACUCCUCCAUCGAAGACGGCGGCAACAAGGCAACAUACCCGUUCCAUCUCAAGCCUGGCGCUUCCCAUUCUCUGAGGCCGCCCGUAGCACGCAGCAGCAGCACCGGCGACUACCGCAGUGUCAUUGAUGAUCUGACUGUCGAGAUUCAAAAAUUGAAGGAUGAGUUAAAGAAGUACAAGCAGUCUGGCCCAGAUCUCUUGAAGCGCGACAAAUUGUUCGAGAUCAAGGUUCACGGUCUGCCGAAGCGGAAGAAGAGGGAACUCGAGGCAACACUUCGCGACUUCGCCUCUGGACUCAGCGAAUCUGCCAGUGCAGAGACUUCUUCCGCUCGCAAGAAGUCGUCCCGGAAUCACGACAAGAUGUACUCAGCGUCGGGCUCCAUGUCCAAACACGCCUCAUCUUCUUCCGGCUCAAAUUGGAAGCACGCCGAUUCGGCUUAUGCCUCCGCAUCAACGGGGCCGAACACAUCAGGUACCUCUCUUACGCGCCCCUCAAUGAGCUCGCGAGCCAGAUCUUCGGAACAGAAGGUCGAAAGCUAUCUGAAAGACAUCCCGGAAGGCCUCUAUCCGCGACACAUGGUCAUGACGGACAAGGAAAAGAAGAAGCUCGUCGUGCGACGACUCGAGCACCUUUUUACUGGGAAGAUUACGGGACAAGCGUUCCGCGAAAAUGGGGCGGUUCUCGCCGCCAAAUCGUCCGAAGUCACCACUGGUCAAGGCUCAAUGGUUCACCAACCACCCAGCCUGGCACAUCCGGAGGCUUCCAGAGAAGCGCGCAUCGCGGAGGAACCAAGCAAGAAAAGCCGAUCCAGGGACAACGACUCGACAGAAAAUUCCAACGGCGACCAGAACGAGGCGACAGGAAACGCAGCUGUUGCCAGGACUAGCAACAGCGUUUCGCCACCAGACGCAACACCAGCCGAACAACGUGCAACCCGGCCGCUGGAUCUUGAUCCCCACCGCAAACAGGUUCCGUCCGAAAAUAUGGACUACAUCCGUCAUCUCGGUCUCGUUCCGCCUGAACUACUUCCAGUCCACGAGGUGCAAGAUGUGGCAUCCGAUGCCGACGGCUGGGUGUACCUUAACCUACUUUGCAGUCUGGCCCAGCUUCACAUCGUUAACGUCACCCCCGAUUUCAUUCGGACGGCUGUGACGGAGAAGAGCACCAAAUUCCAACUUUCUCACGACGGCCGCAAAAUCCGAUGGAGAGGUGGAAGUGACGGCACGCGAUUCAGUAGCGACAGCUCAGGUGAUGGCUCUCGACAGAGUCCAUCCUUUGAGGAUACUGAUGGCUCCAACGAGGAAGAGCCGCGAAAGAAGUUGAAGAAGGUUCAAGUGGCGGGAGAAGUAGACCCAUCUUUGGCGCAUUCGAGCAGCAAACACAACCCAACACUCCUGGGCAAAACUUCUGUCUCGCCCGACAAUUUCCACUACAAGCCCAUGUUUGUCCACCAGUCGACAUCUGGAGGUCAAUCAUCAAUGGACGACACUAGCUCAUCCGUCGGUCCGGUUGAAGACAGCAACUUGGACGACUCUCGGUGGGGAAACAGCGGGUCGGGAACGUCACUUCGCAAGAAGCGUCGCCGCGACGGUGCUAUCAUCUAUUACAAUGGAGCGCCAUUCUGCACCGACUUGUCCGGUGACCCUGGAGACACUUCACCCACUUCCCACAUGGCCUCGUCCGGGCAACAAAAGUCGAGUUCCGGACCCGAAUUUGUCCGUCCUGAUCCUCCUCAGCGCACGACGUCGGGGUCUGCUCUUCGUUUUCGGCCUCUGAGCGACAACAUCAGGGCUGUUACUGUUGCGAUAAGAGCUGAGCCAGAGGCAACAGUUCCGUAUCUCACCACCGAUGACUCUGACGACAGUGAAAUGGAAGAGAGUUUUCUAUGGUCCGACUCGCAGCAAUUCCUCACAAUUCAACAGCUCGAGCCUUCUGGCCUUGGCGGUGUCGUCCCUGAGGACCAUUUCAUGGUCGUUUGCGGCACCAAGAGGCCCAAGGCCAACACGUUGCCUGUUCAACGGGAAAUGAGCGAUACCUUCGCCAAGUAUGUCGUGAAUAGGAUCUCUGCUCAGGUAUCGGCCAAUCCUUUGCAGAAAGCCGCACCGGCGCUUGUCAAGCCACCCCUGAUGAGAUCGACUAUGUCUCCGGCCGCAUCAAACGCUUCGCGCCUAUGCCGCUGCCGCCUCCGAGCUGUUUCUUCCCACCCUUCAGCACAAAUACCGAAAGCAGUUUCGACGACUCUAGUUCUUCCGAUGAAGAGGGUGGCGAGCCCGACAAUGGCGACGAGCCCAGACCAACUCAUCCCGGCCCAGACGUACCAGGGCUUAUGCUUCACCAAGCACCGGUUCGGCGCUCGAGCAGCAGCGCCAUCGCUGCUUGCCGGCACUGCCCGCGGCCGCAGCAAGAGCACUGACCUCCCCGAUCCUGCCGACAGCUCCAACGCUACGGUCGACGCCGAGAGCGGCUACAAGAGUAGCAGCGAGUGCAGUUAA